AUGCCACUGCCCGACCCAGCAUGGAAGAAGAAGACGCGUCCGUGUCCGUUCUACUCGCAGGGCCGUUGCCUGUUUGCGGACUCGUGCAACUUUCUGCAUCAAGUCAAGAUCAAGGCUUCUGUCGACCCAGAUGCGCUCUCACUCGCUCGCAGUCGCAACGGAUUGCCCGUCGUGACAGUCGACUCUCCCAUGGCGACGCGUUCACCUCCACGUUCACCUCGCAUGUCCAGCCUUUUGUCCGUUCUCGAGGGCGUCAUCGGCCCGGACGACGCGUAUUCUGUCGACGAGGAGGCUUUUGGGAGCAAAAUAGAUUCGGAACGAGUGGCUUCAACAGCCGGAGGACUAGCACUGUCAGGAAUGAACGCCCAGUCCCGUCGACCCGCCAAUGAAGAGACGCCGACGGCUCGUUCAAAACUCAUUAGCACAAAGCGUCCUGCUCCACUGAAUCUCAGUCAUUCGGAUGUAUUCCCAGCGUCGAACGAGCAAUCUCCAAUCCGGCCUGCUAAGGACGAUGCUCGUAAGAGCAACGAGACCCUCUUGCUCUCCCCGGUGGACAUUAUCUCUGGCGCUCCCUUGGGUGUUCCCUUCCCUCAUGUUGAUCUCGACGACGCUCUGAAUCGCGAAGACUCAUUGGACUCGACGUCUUCUGAGAACUGGGUUGGACCCGUACCUCUUGCUUUGUCUCCCCCACGUUACCGUCCGGCCUCUACUCUUGAUCUACUUGCAUCUCCUUUUGGGACUCCUUCCAAGCGUGCAUUCCCCCCUGGUCUUAGUCCCUUACCCUCCCCGCGAUCGCCGCAUUCGCCGUCACGCUCGCCGUAUUUUCCCGCGGUUCAGGCCACGCCCUUACACGAACGUCAAGCAUCAAUUGAUUCGAUCGACGAAGACGUGCCGUCAUUUUCAUUGCACCAACAGCAGCAAUCCUCGGACUCGAGCGUGGGAAUUCACAGCGACAGCUUCGAGUUGAUUCGUCCGCCUCCCGGUAGAGGCGAGGUUGGUUCGCAAUUGAGGGACCAGAAUGCAGCUACUGCUUCUCCUACAUCAAAGGGUUUGGACGACACUUGGGACGAGGCAUUCACUUCAAACUCGUCGCACGAGCACCUGUCCCUUCCUGAUCCCCUUGCCUCAGCUCCCGCUCCCGAAGAGGCCGGGUCCCACCUCGAGAUACACGUCUUGGAUGAUGUACCCCGCACCGCAUCAUUCAAUGCUCGCUUUUCGCUCGCUCAGGUCAUGAAAGAGUCAUUGGUGAAGCGACCACAUCGCACGUGGCAGGAUUUGGCGCCAACACUCCAAGAAGUGGAUGAAAGCAUGGAUACCAUCGGUUUCGCGGACGUCAGCCAAUCUUUCGAGGGUAGCGAGGCUCUGCAUGGGCAUAAGUCUACGGCUCCGGACAAGUCCUAUAACGGAGAUGUGCACUCGGACCGCCGCUCGUCUCCGUAUCAAGAUGACGCACCGUCCCUAAGCGGUAACCCAUCUCUAGCAGAGAAGUUGUCCCCCACUAGGACGCCGUCUGCUCAAGAGGACGUUAUAUUGGAAGGCGACACGUCUCCCGGUGGCAGCCAGUCUCCUAGUGAAGGCAGACCUCGGGCCGUGUCAGAGUUGACAUUGAAGCCUAGGCUCUCGGCGUACGGUUUUGAGGAGGACGCGGAAACACCAGAUGCCAGGCCUUCGCUUGCAUACUUAGAGCCGAGCCCGACAUUGCCGGAGCCAGCGCUGGAUGACACGAUCAGCGAUAUGCUGGACGAUACGAUCACAAACAUGUAUGACACGUACACCUUCUCCCCCGAACAGGCUGCAUCCAAACGCAUGUCGUGGGUGGCAGCGCGUCGAGAGUCCUUGCCAUUCGGUCAGCCGGUCACUCCUGCAGCCCGUGACGCCCAACCCUCUGCGCUCAAUACAGACGAAUUUGAGCGAGCUGUCAUGGAGGAACUCGCAUUUGACGACAGCGACGGGGGAGGUUCAAGCUCUCGACAGCGCGUACGCACAUCUUCGCCUGCAACAUCCGCCAGUUCACGCUCUUUAUCGCGCUCGGGAUCGAUAUCUUCCCAGUCAGCGUUUCGUCGUCCUCGGUCCCUGCUGUUCCCUACAGCCGAUCUGAUCGGAGGCCGCACUUCUUCCCCAUCGUCCGCCUCAGUUGACAAGGGUAAAGGGCGAAUGCAGGAAGACGUCACGUUCAACGAUAGCGAUGGAGGCAGCUCGGAGUCCUAUCAACAUGUAUAUACGUCGUCACCUGCCGCCUCGAUCAGCUCUCGCUCCGGUUCGCGCCCCGUAUCCAUAGCCUCUCAGUCGGGAGCCCGUCGCUCCUUCUUGCUCGCCAAUAAGGGCAUCCCCGAUGGCCGCAUACCUUCGCCAUUAUCCGCCUCAUCCAGCGAUAAGGGCAAAGGACGCGCUUCUCCGUUACCUUCAUCCGCGGUAUCUUCCGCUGCUUCAACGGAAGCGUCGAGCAAGAAGGUUCCAUUCGGCUUCCGAAACUCUUUCAAGGGCAAGCCAAUACAAACUCGCUCUCGGCCCGCCAGUGUCAUAACAUCGGUCCACACUCCUAGCAGUCGUGCUGGAUCUUUAGCCGACGCGGAUGUACCCCUCUCCAGCAAUCUUCGUCCACUUCGACUCUCACGCAUAUUUGAUUCCGGUCUCUCCUUGCCUUCAUCUAGUCGUUCCAGUGCUGUCUUUAUCUCUCCAACUCCUAGAACAUCUCUCGUCCAAGCCCACAGUGCCCCAUUAUCGCAUUCGCAAUCGCUUUCGUCCGCUCGCUCAUCAUUGAUACCCGACGCAUACGACCCUCAUGAUCUGGAUAACAUGCUCCCGCUUUCGCCUCCAUCAACAUCACACGCUCCGCCGCUCUCCGCUCCUUUACAAUCUUGGCGUGCCGCUGUGCGCGCGUCUUCGCACCCAUUCGAUGUAUCUCGUCCGUCAAGUCGACUGUCUGAACCUAUUCAUACCAUCGCGGAAGAUGAUGGCGACCUGUCUGAUGGCUCUAGCGAUGCAGUCGCUGACGUGUCGACGACAAUACGCCGACCGCUACCGCUCAGUAUUUCCACACAUCGUGCACCGGCAUCGGAUAUUGGACAUGACGCCCCGCCUACGCCUGCGACAUCCGCGCCUACCCUCAUGUUCGCUAUCGCUAGUGACGACCCGAUAGCCGUGCGCGCGGUACUUGAGCGAGGCGACGUAGGCCCGAACGACGAUGUUGGGCCGCAGUCGGCCCUCGCGUUCGCGUUGACGGCCGACGGCCUCUCCCACCGUUCCGAGAUCGUGAAGACACUACUCGCGUUCGGCGCAGACCCGGCGGCUCUUGCAGACCCCAUGCGCAACCCGCCUCGACGAGAAGACGCCAGUGAAGACAAUGACUUCGGCAUCAUGAGCCCUCCACGCGCAACCUCGUUAGACGGAAUGGACCCUGCCACGCGCUAUUACAUUGCACGCGCAGGUGCUAACAAUACUCGGCGCGCUUCUGCGCUCAUCCGUCGCUCGUUCUUCCGGCCGAUCACUCGCGCCCGCUACGACGUCGUUGGCCAGGACCGCGUUUUCGAACAACUCUUUCUUGUGCUCAAUCAGCACUCGCGCGCCCUGGCUGUCGCCCCUCUCGUCGUCAUUCUCUGUGGCCCGAGUGGCCACGGUAAGAGCUUGCUCGCUCGGAAAUUCGCAUCCCUUCUUGAUGUUCCCGCGCAUACUGUGAACGUGACUACAUUACAGUCUACCCAUGAUCUCUGGCAGUCGCAUUCUAUGAGCCCGUAUGAAGAACCGUCUAGUGAUACUCUCGCGCAAUUCCUGCAAAGGAAUGAGGGAAAGCGAUGCGUUGUAGUGCUGGAUGAAAUAGAGAAGACUGACGACCCUAAGGUUCUCUACCCCCUGCUUAUGCCAUGGGAACUCGGACGCUGCUCGCUCAAAGCAGGGGAUCGUCAUGUGGACGUCCGCAACGUUGUUUGGAUUGGAACCUCCAACGUCGGCCAUGACCUUGUCUUCGAUUAUGAGCCAUCAUCUCGCGGGUCUGACGGGAGUAUGUCGCGCGCCGACUACGUGAAACUUACAGACCUUCUCCGACCAAAGGUCUCCGAACGUCUCGGGGCUUCCCUUGUUUCGCGCGUUACCUCCGUGCUACCGUUUGUGCCUUUCACGGACGAUGAACAAAUGGCGAUCGCGACAGAGGCGCUUUAUAGCGUGGGCGGAUCCAUCGUUGCAGAGAUGGACGUCGACCGUGUUGCCCAGGCUGCACGUUCCGCACUGUCCCGCUACGUACACAGUGAAGGCGCCCGCUCACUGUACCGUGCGGCCUCCGCAGUCCUCAUGGAGAUAGACCCCUUGGACGACGCAAAUGGAGAGGAUAUGUAUCUAUAG